AGGAGCUAUUCAGUGCAUAUAAACACGAAUUGGUCGAGUACUGUGAGGAGCAACAGCACAGAUUGACCGACGCGUUAUUUCGUAUGCUACGCAUACUUAAGACGCGAGCAAUACAGCUCGCGCAAGUCUCUACCGCCUGUGUAGCUCUCAUAGCGCUCAACGUGGACAUAGAGUAUCUCCGAGAGAAAAAAAGUCAAGUCCUAGCCAGCCCUUGGGUCAAUGAAUCCUUACGCACACAGCUCGAACUUCUAUCGGAGACUGGAUUAUUCCAGAUCACUCUAGGCGAAACUGCUGGAGGUGCGGCUUCUCAACAAACGUCAGUGAGCGACCAUAAAGUUGAACUAGAGACCAGGUCAGGGUUAGUUGCAAAUAGCGAUCUUGUUGUUGGAGCGCCACCAAGUCCUACGUUGAGUGAUGAGAGAUGAGCUCUUUCGGAGUAUUCACGAAGCUUCCAGGUGCAAACCCAAACAUAACCCCAAACGCAGCACUCCGAGCGCUGCACCAUGUGAGACUGACUAUAAUUUUACACCACGACCGAAUGUAUUGGAAUAGAACAAAUCAAGAUUGACAACAACAGAUCGAAAAGUGUUUUUAAGUCCCUGAGCUCACUUAGUAUAAGAUUAUCUGCUGCGGGCCACACCAGCAGUUUUGUACAUUUCGCACUGAAAUGAAUGAGAAUACAAGGCGGUGAACGGUCUUGGCUAUUAAGGAUGGCACUUCAGUGAGACGGUUGAUAUCACAGAAGCGACUAACUUUUUAUCCUAGCUACUUACCAAUGUAUCAUGUAAAACCUUCGCAUAGCUCCCACACAAUUUUACAGACUAGAGUAAAUUCGACUGACAAGUAUCUACGAUUGCGAGGUACGAAAUAAAGAUGCUUUUUUUUUAAGACACACC